AGAAAAUAACCACCUGUUUAUAAUGUCCAAAAACAAAAUUUUGUAUAACAAGUAUCUUUCUCUAACAAAAUGGUUUUUUUAAACUUUGCUAUCUGAAAGGAAGAACAUCUACCUGGAGUGGAAGUCCGGUGUGAAAGAUUAUCUGCAGGAGGUGCAGUGGCUAGUGGACGACCUGAGGUCCACAGGGCUGAAUGCUGAAAAGACUACUAUUUAUUGCAGGUACCAGACUAUUUAUUUUUUAAUAACUAAAUAACUUUAAAUGCCAACAACUGUUCAUUUAGUUGUUAGUUACAAUCCCAAUUGUGUUGCUGGUCAAUUAAUCAAGUCACCACAGUAUAUGAAGACCUGCUAUAUCGUUUGGGAAAAGCGGCCAGGCAGAAUAAAUCGCAUUCAUCCGAAAUCCUGAUCAUCUCUAUGUAUCAUGUCCAUCAGUCCUCUCCAUGAACAAUAUGUCCUGCAAAAUUUCACCAAAAAGGAAUCGGCCAUCCGCCUCAUCAUCUAACAGUCUAAUUUUCUGCAGAUCCUGGUUAUUCAUUUUGCUGGGUCAAUGUACAAAUCCAGUCUACUGUUCGGCACCAGGGGAGCGACACUUCCAACAGCAUAUACCUGAUGGCAAACUCAUAUGCUGCUCUGAACAGUUUCAUUUCGGUAAGCAAGGUGAACAAAUAACAACUUUACAUGUUAAAACGCUUAGUUUCCAUAAAUAUUGUUGCAUUAUUCUGUGACAUUGCAGAGCUGUGCUACGUAUUAUAACGCUAUCAGUGUUUUUCAUGCUACAGUCAUUAUGAUGAAGAAGGUACCGUGGCAGCAGGCAAAAUCCCGACGCACUGUUUCCUUCCAAGUGCCGAAGACUACAACAACCUUCGAGACACUAUGGAGACACUUGUGUGUCAGGUCCUUCUGCUGUACUUCCAGACAGCUUCUGAUGACGACAGCAGUUGCCACCUUCACGUCCCACAUCGCUACUCUGCAGAAAUGCGGAAAAAAAGCAGACUUGUGAACAUGGGCGUGAUACCGGAACACCCGUCAACAACAGCCGGUGUUAUCCGAAUCACGGAUGUCCUACAGAAGUAUGUCCCACAAAUGGAGAAUGGCCAGCUCUACACUGUUCCUUGCCAUCGGGACGCAUUGACAAUGGAGCGCAUCAUUGAUGCCAAGAGGGCACGAGCUGCUGGGCACACGAAGCUGGAGAGACUGGAAGGUGUGGAGCCAGUUCCACAAGAAUUCCACAAGCGUGGAAUAAUGCUCCAGGACACCCUCAACUCUCUGUUCGAUGCACGUAGUGCUGUCGAAAGAGGCACACUAUUUAACAUGAAGAAUGUCUUCAACCACAGAAAUCUAAAGAAACACGUCAUGGGAAACUUCAAUCACGUUGAUGAUUUCAUGCACUUCGUGACUGAUGCAAUGAUUUGCUACCUGGCGUUGCAACUGUGCUCCCUGAACUCGUUAGAUGAGCCACUCACGAUGCAUGUAACACAGCUGGCGAAAGCCAUUGUCGCACAGGUUUGGCUGCAGUUGCCAAUGACAGACAUCGCUGAUGUGCUUGAUGCUGAAGUGGGCUCACCUCAACCAAGUCCAUUUGAUGAUGAUGAUGACAGCUUCAUGUACCCAUUCUGCAUAUGCCAAGAAGACAAGGGCACUGAGAUGAUAGAAUGUGACAACUUGCAGUGUGCUGGCAGUUGGUUUCACCUAGAGUGCAUGAAUGUAAGUGAAAGUGGCAUACCAGAGGGAGCCUGGUUUUGCUCUGAGGACUGCAAGUCAUCAAAUAUCAGCUGGUCGCUUUGCAAUGGGUGUGGAAAUGACGAUGCAAAAGACCACAUCUUUGACUACAGUAAAACCGUACUGUGGUGAGAA